UUCAAGGUUGCACAAGAGUUCGCUGUUGCUGCUGUUGUUGCUGAAUGAAAACUUCUCUGUGCUGCUUAUGGACGGAAUUUUCUUCUCCGUAUAAUCAACAGAAAAAAAGUGGAUUAUUGAUUAUUUACAGUUUUGAUAGAUUUGCAGUACAAUUUGUGAAUUCACUACUUGAAUUCAGUAACAUUGAUGACGAAUGCGUGAAUGAGUGAUUAACUGGUCUACGUGCAGUCAACAAACAAUAGUGACAAUGUAGUCUGUCUGUUCAUAAAUAAUAUUCAAUUAGGAUCACUCGUAAAGGGUGCAAAAUCAAUCAUCCGUGAAGGCAACUAUAUACAGGUCUAAUCUGAUUUAUUUCGUCUGAUUGGUGGUAUGUUAGGAGUGAAACAGAAGGUCGUUCAUAGAGUUCGACAUUAUAGCUGUCCGCAUAAAUCCCAAGUGAAAAGUGAGAGUGUGAGGCUUUGUCCCUCCUAGCAGCAAGAGCAAUGAACGUUGAACUGAAUCGGGUUCGCACCUACCGCAGAUGGGAAGACACAGAAUGGAUAAUGGAAAACUCGUUCGAGGUACUGGCCAAGGCUGGAUUCUACGCAACCGAACAAUUCCUGCACGUCAAGUGCCACUUCUGUGGAGUUACCAUUUUCGUGGGAAUUUCUGUGUCCAACGUUGAAGACAAACAUCGUGAAUUGAAUCCCAACUGCGCAUUUUUGCUGCACCCCGAUCGGACGGAUAAUGUGCGCUACUUCGAUGCGGUAGAACUGACUCGCGAAGAAUGUCGCCUGGCAACGUUCGUAAACUGGCCCGUGCCACACAUUAGUCCCAACUCGCUGGCCAAAGCCGGAUUCUACUACACGUACAAUGCUGAUCAGGUAAAAUGUGCCUGGUGUGAAGGAGUCAUCGGCCAAUGGGAAGUAGGUGAUGAUCCAUUUGCCGAGCAUCAGAAGUUUUUCCCAAGGUGUGAAAAAGUGAUUGCGAAUAGCAUUAGUUCGAAUCCUGUUCUGGAUCCUAGUAUCGGAAUACAGCCCGUCAAGACACCCUUUGCUGCACAGUUCAGUUCGUUAGACUCGCGAAUUCGGUCAUUUGAAAACUGGACUACUGGACUCGUCCAAGAUCCAGAGCGCCUAGCUCAAGCUGGUUUCUACUAUUUAGGCCGAGCAGAUGAGGUUCAUUGUUUCUACUGUGAUGGCGGAUUACGCUUCUGGUUGGCUGAUGAUGAUCCGUGGUUCGAGCAUGCAAGAUGCUUCCCAAAGUGCCAGUUUGUGCAGCUGGUGAAAGGACAGUUGUUUAUCGAAAACGUUCAAAGUCAGAUAAAAAAUGCCAGCACAAGUCAGCAGCAACUACAACAACAAAUGCAACCUGGUGGACAAAUCGUGGCAACUAUGAACCUCGAGGAAGCACUUGCUACCGAACCUGUUCAAUUGGCAUUAUCUAUGGGACUGAACGCAGGUCGCAUACGGGCUGUUACUAAACGGCGGCUGGAAACAACUGGUCAGCCGUACACCGAUUCUCAAACACUGAUUGAAGCAGUCCUGGAUGGUCAAAUACAAGACGAAGAACUUGAACCUACGACGUCUUCUAGAAUGGACCGUCGCAUAGAGAGCGAAGUGUCACGUCUUCUGUGGACCGCAAUAUCUUCCACGGCAGGGCCUAACUUGUCAUCUUUUAGUUCAACUUUCUCCACACCUUCGCCUUCCUCAGAUCCUGCUACUUCGGGCGUUGCUGCAGAUGAAGGAAGGCUUGUCGCUGAUUCCAACCCUAUAUCAUCACCCCCUACCUCUAGCUCAGUCAACGACAGCUCAUCUGCUUUAGAUCGCCUGAAUGUACCUGAAUCUCUUGCGCAAAUGGCCGCUGCGGCCCGGCCAACUGGAGCCCCUGCGGACGAUAAAACCUUACGAUUAGAAGAGGAGAACAAACGACUGAAGGACGCUCGCGAAUGCAAAAUUUGCAUGGCAGAUGAGGUGGGCGUGGUGUUUUGCCCCUGUGGUCAUCUAGUAUCUUGUGUGCAGUGUGCACCAGCUGUAACAAAUUGCCCGGUCUGUCGAGCUGUGAUCAAAGGACGGGUGCGCACUUUCCUAUCGUAAAUAGGCACCACUUCUGCACACUGACCUUAUAGCACAUUUUAUCUGCGGUGGAUGGAUUUACAAUGCAGCAAAAACGAAGAAAAUAUGGACUUUGCAGUAUACUUGGUUUGCACUUGAGACAUUAUAAAAGAAACAUCACUACCAGAUCGGAAUGUGUAGAUACGUUGAGAUAAAACUUAUCGUAUUGUGGAACCUCACGGCGAUUCUACACAUAAAUGAGGUUUACUAACACGUUUGAUUAGAAUGAAUUAUCGUUUUUCCUGUCUGUAAUGUAUGCAUAGUAUUAAUGUUGAAGCAGAUUCGCAAAUACAAUAAAUUAUU